CUCAAGCUAAAUGCAGGAGACACAACGCACAAACACAGACACACAUCUAUCUAUCGAUCAUGGCGAGGCUAAUGGAGAUCUCCAAGAAAUGGCACGGCAGUGCUAGCAGCAAGGUCACCUCCCCUACCGCCGCUGCUAGUGCAGCGUCAUGCCCGCGGGGCCAUUUCGCGGCCUACACCCGGGACGGGAGCCGGUUCUUCGUUCCCAUCGGCUGCCUCACCAGCGACACCUUCCAGGAGCUCCUCAACAUGGCCGAGGAGGAGUUUGGCAAACCUGGCGACCGCCCCAUCGUGCUGCCGUGCUCCGCGGCCUGCCUUGAGCAGAUUCUCACCGACUUCCGGGGCACCUCCAAGAAGCACACCGGCAGCGGGAGGGCCAAGAUUUGGUAGUAGUGAUGCUAAUUCGAUUAAUCAACUCCAUCGUUGAUCAUUGUUAAUUAGUGAAAGCGAUCCAUCGAUGAUCAAUGGUCCCUUAAUUUUUGGGAGCGUAGUUCCAUCAUGUCGAUUUUUUUCCUUCCCUCCUGGUAAUAUGCCAAUGGUCGUGUUUUCAGGAGGCCCUAGGUUUUUUUUGGUUGCAAGUUGACAUGACGUAAGCAUCUAGCUAGCCACCUAUCCAUCUUUUUUCUUAUUCUUUAUUAAAUUGUUCUCCUUGUUUGUGUCUAUUGUUGAAAAUAUAUCCUGGAGUAAAUCAUGUGACUAUGUUAUUUCCUUA